AUGCAUUCUGACUACAAGCUACCCACUGUUGAAUUUAUCGAUCCGAUAAUUUCCGCUGAGAUACCAAACAUAGAUGAAGAUCCAGAAUUGUAUUCUCUUGUGAAUGAGUUCAUGAUUCAUGGUCCAUGUGGCGCUGAAAAUAUCAAUUGUCCUUGUAUGGUCGACAAAAAGUGCUCGAAAAACUUUCCAAAGCAAUUCUGUAAUCAUACAUCUGUUGAUCAGAAUGGUUUUCCAUUAUAUAGGAGAAGAAACGAUGGUCAUUUUGUUGAAAAAUCGGGUGUGAAGUUGGAUAAUAGAAAUGUUGUCCCUUACAACAAAUAUCUAUUGAAAAGAUAUCAAGCACAUAUUAAUGUUGAAUGGUGCAAUCAGGGUUCUUCUAUAAAGUAUUUAUUUAAAUACAUAAACAAGGGACUUGAUAGAGCUACAGUUGGCAUUGUACGAAGCAAUAACGAGUGUGAUACUAAUGAUGCGGUUGAUGAAAUAAAUGAGUACUACGACUGUAGAUAUUUAUCUGCAUGUGAAGCAUCAUGGCGAAUUUUUAAAUAUGAUGUUCAUUACAUGUAUCCUUCUGUGGUUAGACUGCCUUUUCAUCUUCCUGCUUGGAUGGAGUGUAAUGCAGUUAAUGCUGAUGCACAGAAACUUACGUAUGUUGAAUUUCCUACAAAGUUUGUUUGGCAAUGUGGUGAUAGGAUUUGGAAGCCACGGAAAGUAGGAAAGUGCAUUGAUAGAAUUCAUUCGGUUUCACCUAAUCUAGGUGAAGCUUAUUUUUUAAGGAUAUUGUUAAAUAAGGUGAAAGGUUCCAAAUCAUUUGAAGAAAUUCGCACAGUAAAUGGUGAAGAAUAUUCUUCUUUUAGAGAUGCUUCUUAUGCUCUUGGUCUCUUGGAUGAUGACAAGGAAUACAUCGAUGCAAUCAAAGAAGCGAGUCAUUUUGGAUCUGGUUUUUACCUACGAUUCUUAUUUGCUACAUUGUUGAUGUGUAACAGUAUGUCUAAACCGGAGGUUGUUUGGGAAAACACAUGA